GUGCAGGAAGUUCUACUUGUUUUUGAUGCCACGUUCACGUCGCUCACUACAAUUCAAAUUCAUUUAUUAAUAGAAAGGUUUGACAUCAUGUCGAAGGUGUCUAUGGGUAAAGUGCUGCUCCGAAAUGUCAUCAGACACACAGAUGCCCAUAACAAGAUUCAAGAGGAGUCUGAGAUGUGGAAAUUGAGGGAUCUUGAACGACAAGCCACCUCCACUCAUUUCCCAAAGCACAGGGGCCGCAUGCACUGUGACCGCAAUUUGGACGACUCGGAGGGGUCCAUGCGAGACCGGCUUGGAGACAGGAAAGAUGUGAUGUCCGAGAGAGAUGAGAGGAAGGCACAAUACUGGACGCGAAAACUAUAUGAGUUUGAAGCUAAUGAUCCUGACAGGUGGGGCCACAGUGGCUUUAAGGAGCUUUAUCCUGAGGAAUUUAAUUCUGAUGGAAAAAAGGCCUGCAGUGAUAGUAAACACAGAAGGAAAAAACACAAGAACAAACUACACGAUGUUAUAGAGAAAUCUUCCAAGAAGUCAUCUAAGAAGAAGAAAAAGAAAAAAGAGAAAAAGAGUAGGAGAACUGUGGCCUCGGGCUCUGAGAUCUGCAGUGAUGCGGAGGACACCGCGAGGAGGAAACAGAGGAGGAAGGGGGGUAAAAGCAAGCGUAGGAAAAAGGAACACAAAGACAGAACAGAAGACAGCAGCACAGAUGACAGCCGUUCAAACAUCAGGGCGAGAACAAGACGGAAGAGAGACUGCUCUGAAAUAGACACACUGGCCGAGCCUCAGCGGAAAAAGCGGAAAAACUGGAAAGUGGCGAACGAGGAGAGAUCAGAGGAGAGCUCUGAUGCUUGACUUUUCAGUCUACCUGGCUGAACAAUUAGGCUUACUGUAGACACAUUUUUGUAAUCGUGCAUCUCAUUCAUAUUUAGGAGACUUUGAUCAUGGGUCUGGAGAUCAUGGGUCUGGUGCUUUAUACCUCUCCAAACAGACACUUGAUGGCUUUUUCACCAUUUUUGCAUUCUUGCGAAUUUGUCAAAUUUUAUAAGGUUAUAUUUUCGGAACAUCUUUGGAUGUUUUUAUUUCUUGUGGGACUGAACGAUUUUUAUUGACCAAGAAAAAACUCAGGUAUUUUUCUGCCAUAUGUGAAAUUGAAUUAAGUGAAAACAUAUUUUUUAAUAUACUUAUAUUUUAUCAUACCUUCUUGUAUUUUAUCAUACCUUAUUCUUGAACCUAACAGUUACAACAAUCAAUUUUUUGUUAUUGCUGCCAAACAGCAUUUGUGUGUUAAGUGCAAAGUUGCCCAGAAGGUGGCACUUUUGCACUAUCAAUCAGAAGACAAUCUCAAAGCUUAUAGCAAGCCGUUUUAACAUUUAAUCCUUAAUAUGUUCUAGUAUCUGUUUUAGGUUCUAGUACCUUUUUAAAAGAUACUGGUACUUAUUCAUUAGAUACUAGUUCUUAUUCAUUAGAUAGGCUACUCGUGCCUAUUAAAUUGGUACUAGUACUUAUUAGAGACUUGUAUUAUUCAUUUGAUACUACUUAUUUUGAUAGUUAUUAUUACUAUUCUGUUGUGACUAAUAACACAUUUCAAAUGUUUGCCAUUGACUUAUAUAGGAAUCUGUCAUUAAGAAAUCAACGAUUCAGUUUUGAUUAGUAUGUAUUCUAAUUAUGACUAACGACAUUUACAAUCGUUAGAUACUAGUAAUGAAUAAUCAACUGAAGAGUAGGCAUUAAUACCUAUAAGCACUAGGCCUACCUAAAGGAAUACUCGUAGCCCAUCUAAAAAGCAAGUAAGAUAUGGAAAUAGAGUUUAUUACGUAUUAAGGAUUAAAUGUCAAAACGGCUUGCCAUACAAAGCGAGGCUGCUUGAUUGUCUUUUAACGACUUGUUUUGUGCAUUCGCUUGUAAACACCUACAGUAAAUGGAAUUUCACUAUUGUUUACUUCCGGCAUUUACGGAUAAUGCCUACUUCCCCUUGCGUGUUUGCACUUACUGAUUAAUUUGCUCUAAACUGCCAAAGGUCAAGCAUUCGUAUCGUAAAUGAAAUUACAUCAUUAGUUGUCUUUGAAACCAACCGUUAUUUUAACCAGUUGGCUAGUUAGUAGAAUUCACUUGUUGUGUCAUUGUUUACCGUUAUUUAGUCCACGUGCGUAACUUGUUAGAGAGGUGUGUGUGGGUGCUUUUUUAUGUAUAUUAUGUAUGGGUUGAGUCAGUGACCGCUCAUUAUUCUGAUCACCGCCUGCUUUCUUCCUUUGUAAACACGGAGCAGUAGACGUAAAGAACAUUGCGUCUCUCUGACAAUGAACAGCGCCCUUUCCUAUCAGCCUGGCUGCUGGCACGACGACUCAAAACAAAAUGACCAAACGCUUCCAAGCUUCAUAAUUCAAAAUAAUUGUGGCUAGCUUUCUUCAGCCGAGAUUAAGCUGUUCCGUGUCUUUUUAGUGUAAACUAUCACUAACACGCAGCUCAGGGGAACACGCUGUUCUGAAUUUCGCCCUUUUGAUUUUUUCCCGAUUUUAUUGCAAUGUGUGUGUUUUUUUUUUUAAUGCCCUUUGACAUUAAAUCAGAAAAUCAGAUAUUAGGAUGGUAAUAAAAGAAAAACAGACUAAUCAA